UGGCUGCAGUAGCAACGACCACCGUUUUUCUGACCAGACACAUUGCUGCCAGACCCUCUUCAUCCAGCACAUAGGAUACGGGACUACUUGGCCCAUUAUUAACUUAUUGCCAUUAGCAUUUUGAAUUUUCUCCACAGCAUUCAUUUUUUAUUUUGUGUUGAUUUUAGAUUUGAAAAGAUUGAAGUGAUAGAUAGAUUGAUGAAUAAAUAACUAGGCCAGUUGAAGAUGAUGCACCAAUCCACUCUUGUGCUGAGGAUGACAGUUUUGCUUGUAUUGGGGCAAAUGUCUGGAACAGCAGCCGAAAUGGAUAUAAUUUACACCAAAUCUGACAUUGAAAUCGGAGUAAAAUAUAUGCUUCUGUGUAAAGCCGGUGGUGAGGGAGAUAUCACCUGGCAGAAGGACGGCAAGGAUAUCGAUGAUGAGGAAAGGGUUUCCAAAAUUGAUGAGGUGUCCUCCAAGCUGGAAAUCCAGAAUGCCACGUUGGAGGACGCGGGCAGCUACACCUGCCUGUGCACAUUUGAUAACGGAGAUCCAGAUGGUCGGACCAGUACAAAUAUAUACGUUUACGAUGGUCCGUCCUUCGGUGCCACCCAGGUGUACCAUGAGUUCCUGAUAGGACAAGAUGGCAUGGUGCCCUGCCUGGCAUCCGGCCGGCCAAAAGUGGAUGUACGCUGGUUGCGGGACGAGCAGGGGAUCUCUUCUCAAGAGGGAGACCGUGUAACGCGCUUGCAGGACAACUCACUCCGCAUUAAGAACGUGAGGAAAGAUGACGCGGGCACAUACACCUGUCAGGCCACGAUCAGAGGAAGACCCAUUAAGCAGAAUAAGCAGAUCUCUGUGGUGGUCAACGCCCCACCAACGGUGACCCUAAAGGAGAAGAUAAAGAAAGUAAUGGCUGGAGCAGAUAACAACAUCUCCUUACUGUGUUUGGUGGACGGACAACCUACACCAAACAUCUCUUGGAUCACGCCAGUACAUUCUGACCUUGCGCGUUAUCAGUUCAACUCGGACCGGAGCGAGCUGACCAUCUGCGCUGUGAGCAGGGCAGACUACGGGGAGUACAUCUGCACGGCCCGCAACAAGAUCGGAGAGAGCACCGGCACCAUUGAGCUGCACGUCUCCGAGGCCCCAGAGGUAUAUGUAAGGGCGAAGGAGGAGAAGGUGUCGUUGGGCUCCAACGUGUCGCUGUCCUGCAAUGUCACCGGUCAUCCGUUUCCACAGCUCUACUGGAUCCACAAGCAGAGCAGGAACAAUAUGGACUCGUCUGGUAGAGUGCAUGUUCGGGACGGUGUGCUGACAAUCGCGGAGGUGGCGCCCUCUGAUGGCGGUCUGUAUUCCUGCAUGGCUGUCAGCGCAUCAGGCAAUGCAUCAAGAGAUGUUGCAGUGCUCACUCAACCAGGCCCUCCUCAAGAAGUGUCUGUCACUCCAAGAGCCACCUCAUUGGUCUUUUCCCUCAAAUCCCAGCCCAUCAGUGGGGGCACACCAAUCAGCAGCUUUGUUCUGCAGUGGAGGCGGGGCUCAGCUGAAAAGUGGGAGGAGAUUAGUGUCCCGGUCUCAGAUCCCCUCGCUAUACCUUCCCUCACCCCCUACACCACCUACACCGUUCGCCUGGCCGCCAUGAACUCUGUUGGCCUGGGACAGUAUUCAACCACGCAGGAAGUACGAAGCCAGGGCAUCCGCGAGCCGGACCGCCCUGUUCUUUCAUCAGAUGGGAUGAAGAUAGACGGGAACGCCCUCUCUGUCCCUGUGGCCCAGCUGGUCAGAGGCAGCUCUCCUCUCCUGCACUAUACAGUACGAUACAGAGAGGAGAAAGAAGGAGCCGGAUGGAAGGAGGAGCAGCGGCCCGCCGACACACCCGUCAUCGCCCUCUCAGACCUGGCGUUCGGGGAAGACUAUCGCAUUGAAGUCAAGGCUGUCAAUGCAAACGGCUCCUCCAUGCCCGCUGAGCUGAGCUUCAGUGUCUCGAAGCAGCCCGCAGGCAUGACCAAAGGGGGCGUGGUGGCCAUCGUUAUGGUGAUCUUCUUGGUGCUGUUGCUUGUGGUGGAUGCCACCUGUUGCUACACCAAUAACUGUGGUCUUCUGAUGUUCAUCGCCACUAAAGUGUUUGGUCGAAAGACCCCAGGCCACAAGACAAUGGAAGAGGGAACUAAUGGUGAUCUGAAUUUAAAGGGUCUUGACACUCCAAGAGGCAGCAUACACCAGCAACAAUCAGAGGGGAAGCUGAAGAAUGAGAUCACCUGCGACAAAGCCCCCCUCACCAAAAACGAGAAACACUUUGGAGACAUACCAACCACAGAAGCGUGAGGUUGGCCACAGGACAUAACAUCGCUCGUCAGUACGUCCCUUCCGGUAGACCCCUCGUGGGACCUCUGGGCGAGGAAAAUUAGAAUGGGAGUCAAUGGAAUUUUUUUUCUUAUUUUCUGGUCCCAGUCUUUAUAUGCCCUGGAUUACACAUAGUUCUUUGUGGAUUUAAAUGAUAAUUUUUCAUGCAAAAGAAACUAAAAAUUUUCGUGAAGAAGUUUGAUAAUUUUAGGUUUUAUGUGAGGCCGCUUUGUGAACUUCAGCUCUUCGCUGCUCUCGACGCAUAUGAUAUACGUCACCACACCCGCACUUGGAACUCGGCACAGAGAUGGCGAUCUCUCUGCUCCACAUCACCAGGGCCGUAGCACCAAAUCCUGGGCCCCUAUACUAUAGCUACUGAUGGGCCCCCCUGCGGCAGUUUGUUGACGGGGGGGGGGGGUCCGGAGCGAUUGU